ACGACAGGUCGGAGGUGGACGGCUCUGUGGUUUCCAUGGUUUCAGCCACCUCGUCCUCCAGCAGACUCCUUCCUCCUAAAGAACGUCUGAGAGAGAAGAGUUUCGAGUACUGCCAACGCCUCAUAGAACAGAGUGACCGCAAGGCGCUGAAGAGAGCAGACGCAGAGCUCCAGAAAGCAUGCCUGGUGGAGGCCGUGUGUAUCCUGGACGGUGUGUGUGUAGAGGACGCUGGUUGUGUGUACCGUUCCUUCCCGUGUGUGAAGUCGCUGUUCGGCCGUCUGAACUCUGACCUGUCCUGCAGCCGAGUCCUCCUGCCCAUCGCUCAGUUCUACCUGAACCACGGCGAGGCUGCAGCGGUGGACGGUGAGUGUGUGUGGAGGUGUGUGUUCGGAGUUCUCCCGGCGGAGUGUUUCAACGACCCCUUUCUGGCCCACGAGACGCUGUCCUUCAUCAGAGCCAAUCGGCUGCAGCUACGCUCCUCCGUCCCGCUGUACGCCCACUACUUCCCUAACCUGCUCAAGUUCCUAGCGUGGGACAGUCCAGGCCUGGUAUCUGACUAUGUGGAUGUGCUGCCCUCUCUGGUCACGGCUGGGACUGCAGUGGAGCUGCUGCACUCUCUACUGGACUUGCCCUGUCUCACUGCUGCGCUCAUCCUUCAGCUCAGGUCCGCUUGCUUCCCUGUGUCUGAGCCAGGAGGCCGCGGUCUGUCGUCGCUGGAAGCUUUCCGAAGCCCCGCCCAUAGAGGCCUCUUCCUGUUCCUGUUGAGAGGGGAGGCGGGGUCUGGUGAUACCAUGGACAGACUGAGCGUGCUCCAUGACCUGCUGAUGGAGGCAGCUGAUUGGUCCAGAGUCAUCCAAUCAGCUCAAAGUGUUCCAGUGCUGCUGCACGUCUACUUCAACACAGUUACCACGGUAUCAGAUGAGAGGCUGCUGGCCCAGCUGGUGUUGGUGCUGCUGGAGAGAAGCAGCCUGUUGUUGAACAUCCCCAGAUACACUGCAGAGAUACACCGAGUUUUUAGCCACCACUUGUUGAAGCUGUGUAAGCUCCACCCCUCUCUGGUUGUUGACCAAUCACGGGAGCUGCUGGAGUUUGCUGGAACCACCACUAACAUCAACAGCAAAGAAGACCUGUACACACAUGUGGUGUGGGUACUCGGUGAGUACCUGUCGGUGUCAUUUGACUCUCGGUGUUCUGUGGAUCUGGUUACUUCCUGUUUCGAGACAUUGGAGGCAGUCCUCUUCGAGAUCACUUCCUCUGGAAGCCCCUCCCCUAGGGUGGUUACCUCCUUACUGAGCGCGCUCGCUAAACUGGCUUCCCGUUCCCAUGACCUCAUACCCAGGGUUUCUCUGUUCCUCUCUAAGCUUCGGAGCGGAGCGGUCUCCUGGUGCGGCAGUGAGGAGGACGUUGUCGCCGUAGUGACCAGAGGGGAGGAGUUAUGGUCGCUGCUGAAACUUCCGAGCGUGGCGCUGAGUGUUCUGACCCCGCCUCCUCCCGUCGCCACUUCCCCCCGUUGGCACGGAGACGCCAACGCAGCGCUGCCACAGAGACUCAGAACACUGACUGGCCUCACACACACACACACACACACACACGCUAAAAUAUAACCUUAAAUGAUUUAUGUUUUCAAUAAAUGUUACUGUAUGUUUUCAAUAAAUUAACUUGUAAAUUA